GGUAAAUCAUUGCGGUAUACUGCAGUCUAGUAAUUUCAUAAUUAUAACUUUAAAAUACACAGAUAAAUUCUAUUGUUAUCCCAUUCCAAAGAACUAUUACAAAAAACUUUAAAUUCAAAUACCAUUGAUGGUUAAUAACAAAGAAUUAUGGGUAUAUUAAAUGUGCCAUUCUAGUGUUAUAGUAUGAUAGUACAUUAUUGAUCAUGAAUACAACGUAAUACAGUAGUAAUUGAAUUAUUCUCGUAAUUAUCUUUAAAUUUAAAACAAAUAUUGGAUACAAAUUAUUACAAGAAGAUUAUAUUAAAACAUUAGAAUGGCUGCCAACAUUAAUCGAAGAGAGUUUUCAUCACAUGAUGAUAGGGAUAACUAUUUAAAUGUUUCACUUUCUAAAGACAGUAAUAAUGAGCCAAAUCUAGGCAAUAUUACAUUGAUGAUUGAUCCAAAUGUUGAAGCAAACUUGAACAUCAGUGACGAAAUUCCUAAAGCCUUCAACUUGUACAGAAACAAAAAACUUAUAUCCCAUGGCAUGAUGAAUGUCGCGUUAUUUUCUGCCAACGCUAGUCAGUUAAGAUAUCUUUUAGAAACGGGAAAUGGAGGUGCAUUUUUCAUUAUCUGCGUUGUUCUUCUAUUAAUUAGUAUUAUUCUUCAGAUUUCAGUUGGAAUUACACUCUUGUUAAGUGCGCGAUACAAUGUAACUCAAAGUGAUCAACGCGCCAUGGCGUUCAAAUUUGGAAACUAUGUAAUCAUAGGAAUAUUUCUCAUAACGGUUGUCAAUGUUUUUUUAACUUCUUUUGGAGGACCAAUGAUACAGCCGCCCACGACUAUAGCUAAUACAGUUAGUGAAGCUGUAACUGAAAUAACAUUUUAGUUUUUUUAGUUUAAAGUAUGUUAAUAAGAUAUAAAUUUAAUAAAAUAAUGUUAUAAGAAAAUUAGCGGUACAUAUAAUAUUCUCUGUGUUAAAAGUCAAAAUGUUUUUUUAGUUAAGUAUAUUUGUUCUAAUUGUUCUAUGACAUAAUAAUACAUAUUAAACUGGUUAUUUAAGU